AUGGCUUCCUAUCUACGCAGUUGGCUGUAUAGCCAGGCUCCGCAAUCGGCAGACCGUCCUACACCUGCUGGUCCUCCAGCCAUCGUCGAAGAUACGCAAGUGCCGACCAUCUCCAUGGAAGAUGAUGACGAUGAUUCUUCUACGGUCCACGGAGAUGACACAGACGACGUACCCCCGUCAUUCCCCGCACUUAACAGUGUGCAGCGAUUGGGCAGCCAGCAGCCUUCUAGCAGCGCACCCCGCACCUUGACCGAUGCACAGUUGAUGCCUCCGCCUCCCGUACCGUCAUUGGCUGUACGACAGCACGGAGUACCAAGUGGCAGUUCACUCGCGGUCCCACCCACUACGACGAAAGCUCCGCUGAAGCCUUCUGCGAAGCGGGGUAAGGUUGCGUUAGCGCCAGGACACGGGCCGUUAGAUUGGGCGAAUCUCAAGAAGUCGGGGCAAGAUCUCAGGGGAGUUGAUACGCUGUUGCGGGUGACGCCUUCGAUGCUGAAGGAACAUCGAACGCGAGACGAUGCAUGGUCCGCAUUCAAUGGCAAGGUGUACAAUAUCACGCCGUACCUGCCAUACCACCCCGGUGGCGAGAAAGAACUCAUGAGGGUGGCGGGCCGAGAUGGGAGCAAACUAUUUGCCCUGACGCAUGCAUGGGUGAAUCUUGACUACAUGCUCGACGUCUGUCUGGUCGGUUUCUUGGUGCCAGAGUCAUAG